AUGUGUGCAACUGGUGCUUACAAUCCAAUAGCAUAUCAGCUGAAAUUGGAGGCUGAUAAAUUUUCUGUUGUCAAGGACGACCUAAAUGGUAUUGGAAUUUGCCCAUAUGAUCCUAAUGAUAACACAACCGUUGUUCUUGUUGAAAAUGGAGCACCUGGCAACAUUCCUGCCCUGUUUGCUGGAUCAGUUACAGACUUCAUCAAAUCAGACCCUAUUAUUGUUCGACCAUUUGUUUAUCUGCCAGAUGGAACUCUUGAGGCAGGAUAUGUUAGGACUCUUCGAGUCAGAAAUGAUUGGUUGAAUGAACCACAGUUUGUUGGAUCCUUUGAUGUCGGUGAGCAUGUUUAUUUUUUCUAUCGAGAGGUGGCCUUGGAGUACACUAACUGUGGAAAGAAAAUAUACUCAAGAGUUGCCCGAGUUUGCAAGAAUGAUUAUGGGGGUAGCAACACGCUACAGAACAUCUGGAUUUCUUUUCUGAAAGCCAGACUGAAUUGUUCAAUACCUGGAGAAUAUCCCUACUACUUUGACGAAAUACAGGAUGUAUAUAAAGUUGGUGAUACAUUCUAUGGACUUUUCACAACAAACACAAAUGGCCUGACAGCUUCUGCCAUUUGUGGGUUCAACAUGCGUGACAUAGAUCGAGCUUUUGAUGGGGCAUUUAAAGAACAGAGGGAUAAACAGUCCAUCUGGCUGCCAGUGGCUGAAAUUGAAGUGCCGUCGCCACGACCAGGAGAUUGUAAAAGAACAAGUUUAAGAAGCAAGCAGAAUGAUUUACCCUAUGAAUUCAUUAACUUUGUAUCCCGUUCAAGUAUGCUAAUGGACAGAGCUGUGUCUCACACAUUUGGCAAGCCCAUCUUUUAUCAGGGCAAUUGUCUUAUGCAGAAACUGGUUGUAGUUCAAAAUGUGGCUGGCCAUGGAGAGCUGGUGUUCUUUACAGCAACCAAUACUGGAAUUAUCUAUAAGAUAGCAGCCUGGCCAGGUUUGACUCCACUGGAUGCACCAAAAACGUAUAUAGUAACAAACUAUAUUCCAUUUGGUGAUAGCAGGCCAGUUUGGAAUCUCAUACUUUAUGAUGCAUGGAUUUACUUUGGAACUGACAUGGCUGUUGGCCAGAUAGCUGUGGAAACCUGUGACAAGUACCAAAAAAUUGACCUCUGUAUAUAUGACCCCUAUUGUGGCUGGGAUACCACAACUGAAGAGUGUAGAUCUAAUGAAAGAAAGAAUUUAAUCAACUAUGCUAAAAUAGACUUGCUAUCAUAUUCACUUGAGGAAGCCAUUAGGAAACAUGUUGGAGAGUUAUAUGCUUAUGAAAAAAUUUCCAAGAUAUCUGGAAGUUCAGUGACCUUACGAGUAGAAUAUCGGCUUCAUGUCAGUGGAAGUGUCAGGUGGACCAGAAAUGGUACCAACGUGAAUGAUGACAGGCAUAUACUGGCACAGGACAACUCUCUGAUAGUGACAGAUCUUCGCAAGUCAGAUGAGGGCUUGUACACUGCCACUGAUAAGUUGGGAAGGACAGUUGCAGAGUACUCUCUUAUUAUAGAGACAAGUAAAGAGCAAAUUGAACAAAGAUGGAUGCGUAAAUUUGACCAAUGGUGUGAUGAAUUUGAGCGGUAUCAAGAAGAUGUCAGACAGUGGGAGAGAAAAUGCUCUAAUUGCUGUCAAGAGUCGGCUCUCAUGAACAUGGUUCCAGCUCUCGAAGGUGGAAAGUAA